AAAACAGAAGCCGGAAAACAUGUGGAUUAGUAGCCGCUUUUUCGUGAUUUUCCUGCUCCUUCAUAUCGAUACCACCUGCAGUGAACCGUUCGAGGCGCACCUACGCGGUCCCGGCUUCGUGAUGGAGCCACCGGGGCGCGUGGAGUUCUCCAACUCUUCAGGUGGAUGGCUGGAUUGCUCCGCCUCCGGGAGUCCACAGCCGACGAUCGAUUGGGUGCACGCGGACGGCACGGCGGUGACGGAGAUACAUGGAGUGCGGCGAGUCCUGCGGAACGGUACACUCGUCCUGAUGCCAUUUGCGGCAGCAGCCUAUCACCAGGAGGUGCACAAUACCAUAUACCGAUGCAUUGCCAGCAAUUCGGUGGGUCGCAUCGUCUCACGGGACGUGCAAGUCCGUGCUGUCGUGGCGCAGGCCUACAAAGUGGAUGUGGAGGUGCUAUCGGCGUCGCGCGGCUGCACCGCCAUCCUGCGCUGCGUGGUGCCCACGUUCGUCAAGGAAUUGGUACGAGUGGUCUCCUGGGUUCAUGAACCCGCUAUCUACAUCUAUCCCUCGCUGCAAGGCGAUGGCAAAUUCCAUUUGCUGCCCACCGGCGAACUGCUCAUCCACAAUCUGCAGGAGAGCGAUGAGUCGCAGUCCUUCCGCUGCCGCAGUAUGCAUCGUCUCACCCGCCAGGUGGUCGUCAGCUCACCCACCCGGCUGCGUAUUAAUUCGCAUCGCGGCAUCAUUUCGCCGAGCGUGGUGGAACACACGGCUCAUGUGCAGGUGUCACAGGACGAGGGCGCAGUGCUGCUGUGCGUCGCCCAGGGCUGUCCUUCGCCCGAAUACAGCUGGUACACCCACAAUGGAGCUGGUCCCUUGCCCGUGCUGAGUGGACCUCGUGUGCGACUCCUUGGCCCCAUCCUGGCCAUUGAGGCUGUGACCGGGGAGGACUCUGGCGUUUACAAGUGCACCGCUGGCAAUGUGGGCGGUGAGGCCAGUGCCGAGCUACGUCUUACGGUGGCCACACCCAUCCAGGUGGAGAUCUCGCCCAAUGUGCUCAGCGUUCAUAUGGGCGGCACAGCGGAGUUCCGCUGCGUGGUGACCAGCAAUGGCAGUCCGGUGGGCAUGCAGAAUAUUCUGUGGUACAAGGAUGGACGACAGCUGCCUUCCUCGGGCCGAGUGGAGGAUACUCUGGUGGUGCCACGUGUGGGUCGCGAAAACCGCGGCAUGUAUCAGUGCGUGGUGCGAAGGCCGGAGGGUGACACAUUCCAGGCCACCGCGGAGUUGCAAUUGGGAGAUGCCCCGCCAGCUUUGCUGUACAGCUUCAUCGAGCAGACCCUGCAGCCGGGCCCAGCUGUGAGCCUCAAGUGCUCCGCUGCCGGCAAUCCUACGCCGCAAAUUUCAUGGACACUGGACGGAUUUCCGCUGCCAUCAAACGGAAGAUUUAUGAUCGGACAAUACAUCACAGUGCAUGGCGAUGUAAUUAGUCAUGUUAAC